AUGGCCGCCGAGGUGAGGUGGCUUUUAAUUUUUCAUGUAUUUUGUGUAAUUUAUGCGGUUCUCGGUGAGACACCCCAUCGAAAAUUCGAAUAUAAAUACUCAUUUAAGCCACCGUAUCUCGCACAAAAAGAUGGGAGCGUGCCUUUUUGGGAAUACGGAGGAAAUGCAAUUGCCAGCGCAGAAAACGUUAGAGUUGCUCCAUCGUUGAGAAGCCAGAAAGGUGCGAUAUGGGUGAAGCAGCCUGUUACCUUUAAUUGGUGGGAAGUUGAAUUAAUAUUCAGAAUAACAGGAAGGGGAAGAAUUGGAGCUGAUGGUUUAGCCUUUUGGUACACUGCUGAAAAGGGUGCUUAUAAUGGCACUGUCUUUGGCAGUUCUGAUCAAUGGAAAGGUCUUGGAAUUUUCUUUGACUCCUUUGACAAUGACAAUAAACACAACAACCCUUACAUCAUGGCAGUCCUCAAUGAUGGCACAGAAAGCUUUGAUCAUACUAACGAUGGUACAACACAGCUAUCUGCUGGUUGCUUAAGAGAUUUUCGUAAUAAGCCAUUUGCUACAAGAGCAAAAAUUGAAUAUUAUGAGAACAUUCUAACAGUGCUAUUCCAUAAUGGUAUGACAAACAAUGAACAAGAUUACGAAAUAUGUUUCCGAGUUGAAAAUGUUGUUCUACCAAAAGGAGGGUACUUUGGGGUCUCUGCUGCUACUGGUGGUUUGGCCGAUGACCAUGAUGUUUCACAUUUCUUAACACAUUCUCUAUUUCUUACUGGUCAGAUGAGGACUGAAGAACAUAAAGUAUCUCUUGAGCUUGACCAACAAAAGCUUAGUCAAGAGUAUAUGGAUUACCAGAAAAAAUUGGAACAACAGAAAGAAGAGUAUAGGAGAGAUCAUCCAAACGAACAUCGUGAGAAAGAGGAAUUUGUAGAAUAUUUUGAAACUGAUAAUCAAAGAGAAUUGCGACAAAUUUUCUCUGGUCAAAGUCAAAUGUUCGAUGCGCUGCGCGAACUUAAUAGGAAACUCGACGAAAUAGUUGGUAGACAAGAGCGAUCUUUAAGUUUAAUAUCCCAACUUCAAGUUGGUGGUGUGCAAGUGGGAGGCCAACCAGGACAAAUACAGCUUAUUGAUACAAUUCGCCGACAAGAAGUCGAUACUGUUUUAAAUAAUCAAAAAAAUAUAAUAAGUACAGCAAAACAAAUAGAAUCCUAUAUAAAUGAGGUGCAUUCCAAGACUGAUCUUAUUCUUAAUAAUCAGGCUCGAAGUCCUACCGCUCAGGUGCAGCCGAUGGGAUAUGAUUAUCAUUCACUUAUUUCGGAAAUGCGAGAUGGACUUAAUACAUUAAAAAGAGAUAUUACUCAAAUAAGCACUAAAGUAAACAAUGGUGUAACAGAUUGUCCGACAACGAGCUGUUUAACAACAACGAUGUUCUUACUUUUUGUGGCAGUUCAGAUGAUCAUUUUACUAGCAUACAGCAUGUACCGAGACAACAAAGAAGCACAGGCGAAGAAGUUGUACUAA